UCCCCUUCGCGAAUAAGAAAAAAAAACUCACUGACGGCUCGCGCUGACUUGACCUGUCAAAAUUGUCACUUGCUCGCAGUCAUGGUCAAAAAAGAGGUGGAACCUCAACCGAUCGUCCAGCUUCAAGCGAAGCUCCAGCAGGAAUCGGAGUUGGGCCGCGUCGAACGUCAGCAAAGGAACCUGGCGACGGAAUGCGCGGCGCUCAGCGGCGGGAAAAGGCUGGCGAAACAGCGGAAGGUCGUCGACAUCCUCAACCACGAAAAUUACAACAUCCUGAACGAUCUGUACGUCGCGACCGGCGGACCUAAGAAGCUCAUCGAUUCCCGCCAUAAUAAACAGCUGACGGGGCUGUUGAAGGAGAACGACGUCUUCGAGAGGCAAAUUAAGCAAAUGCGAUUGAGCGAGAUAGAGAUCGAUGAGCAAAUACAGCUGACGAAAAAGAAGGUUAUAGAAGCCCAGAGUAAGGUGACCACGGACGCCGAACACAUGAAGAGGGUCCUAGAGGGACAGAAGACCUUGGCGACUCUGGAAAACAAGCUCGACACCUUCGUUAAGCAGACUUGCGCGAUUAACGACGAGAAUCACAGGCUGAGAGACGAGAUCGAUCACUACCUCUUUGAAAGGAAUACCUUUAACAAGGCGUGGUAUGGUAACAUCGCAACCCUGGCGAAGGGCAAAAAGAUUAUGAUGGACCUCAUCGAGCAGGCGACGAUCUCCUACGAUCGACGCGACGAGACCGUCGCGGUAUUGCACGCGCUCAGAGAGAAAUGUCACAUGGACCUUGUGGUGCAGACCGAGGAGAUGGCCUCGUUGCAAAGGAUAAAGGACCACGAGUCGAAGCUCGCCAAGUUUAUGGACGUUAAGGGACAGAAGAGGUGCAUGAGGGAUCUGCUUGACAGGAAGGAGACGAGACGGGAUGAGCGGCAUAAUGCUUUGCAGAAUCAGCUUGUCAGAAACGAGGAGAUUUUAAAUCGGGUUUGGAAAAUGUCGGGUACCGCUCGAAUUAACGAUUUUGUAGCGGCCUACACUCAGAGAGAGUUUGAGAACUACACCACGUUCAAUCUGAUCGCGGCCUUGCACUUUGAGUGCGAAACUUUGAACGACUCCAUCAUACGUCUUAAGGAUGACAUUACGACGCAAGCCAAUAUUAACAGCGCUAGAGCUCAGAUGCAGCUGAGCAACUUGAAGAAGUACAAAGAAACGUUGCAAAAUCUCAACAAGGAGUUUAAUAACGAGCUAAACUCAAACAAACGAAUCGAAAAGAUUCUAGAGCGACUCUUUGAUGGAAUACUCAAACUGUUUACGCUUUGCAAGUGUGAUCUGACCCCAUUUGCAACGCUGCUGGGCGAAAACGCUGGAGUGAACAGGUACAAUGUUUCCCUGUUUCUUCAAAUAUUGGACGGCCAAGUUAACGACUUGCUCCUAAAGUCGUUCUUCAAACAGAAAACGCAGCCUAAGGUCAAAGGGAAAGCACCAGUUACGACAGUAAGAGAAGAUGUACGCCCCCACCGCGUCAACCCCAUCCAGAAGGUUGUACCAACUAACCCCUGUCCACUGUGUGUCGAGAAAGAGCAAGUAAGUGACGUGAUAGACUUGCUUCAGUUUGUGCACUCGAGAGGCGAGGCGGAGGUGAAACUGGCGAAUAGGCUGAAGCUCCCCGACGGCCUGGAUAGGUUGCACAACGUCUCCGCGUGCAAUUUACCCCAAUCCCGUGCAAUAAUACAGAGAAGAUACCAAUGA